CCCACAACCCUUUAAGACCCCCGAGCUGUGCCCAGGAGAGCACUGGUACCUUCCUUCCGUGGGCAGGCUGCCAGCACACUCUGCGAGAGGACCAGGGAUUGCGAAGAUUAUUCCGCAACUUCUGCUCUAAAAAAAAAAAGAUUCCUACAGACACCUUCCUCCCCUCAGCGCCCAGGCCGCGGCAGCAAGGGCCGAUCCCCCGCUCUUUCCGGAGAAUCGCGGCAGUCUGUCUCCAUGCUGCGACAGCGGAGGUUUUCAGCUGGCCGGGGUUUCCGAGCCGUCUCCUCCUCCCCGCUGCGGAGACCGGCUUCCCUGCCCCUUUCCCGCCGCGGCGCCCGCGGCUUCGAGCGCGGCCAUUCCCUCCCUCAGCGCCGCGGCGGCCGCGGCGUGAGGCGCGGGAGCUCCCUGCCUCGCCUGAGGGGCCGCGAGCGGAGCUCCGGCUGGCCGGUGCUCGUGUCCCGGACCGUGCUGCCGGCCCACGCCGGGCUCCGCGGCGGCCUGGACACGGGGACGCUGCUGCGGUGGAUGGAAGUCGCCGCCUGUCUCGCAGCCGAGAAACAUGCUGGGAUGCCCUGCAGGAUACAGUCCAUGGAUGAAAUUGUGUUCGGAGACACUGCCAGGGUUGGAGAAAUUCUUUCCAUCAGAGCAAGGGUGGACAUACAAGUCGAAUUCUCCAUGGAGGUUGGCAUAGAGGUGGUAGUAGAGGAUGUUUUGACUAAUGCUGAAAAGAUUGUGAGUGUGGCCUAUGCAACAUAUGGGACUGAACCACUUGGUGGUGCACAGAUUGAGUUAAAGCCCAUAGAGCUUCAGUCUGAAGAAGACUACCUGGAGUACUUCCUGUCUCUGGACAGGAGCAUAAUCCGUACGGGCUAUUUCGAGGCCUUUCAGCAGGUGAUGCAGGAGAGCAGUGACGAAGAUCCUUCUAAAGCUGAACAGAGCAUUUCAACCGAGCACACCCAUGUCCAGAGCACGGAGGCUGUCCUGCAUUCGCACACAGGCCAUCAAGGGAACACCUGUGCUGGACAGAUCAUGGACUGGGUACAGAUGGUGGCAAGCAUCUCAGCAAGCCGCCUCUGUCGGUCACGUCCGAUCCUAAAGGAAAUUAACAGGUUCGCAUUCUGGCACCCGUCCAUUGAGUACGACCACCUGGUCUUCAAGGCCAGUGUCAACAACACUUUCCACAGCAGUGUGGAGGUUGGUGUCCGUGUGGAGGCUUUCAGCUGCGGGGAGUGGAUCCUGGACUGCCCGCACCCGCGGCACGUCUGCAGCGCAUUCCUCAUUUUCUCUGCUUUGGAUGACAAAGGGGAGCCACUCACCUUCCCCAGGGUCAGGCCCACUACUCAGGAUGAUUUAAGAAGAUUUUAUGGAGCAAUUGCUAGGAAGAGAGUUCUUUUCAACAGCAAAUGCGUCCUCUCCGCCAAGGCAGACAAGCCCUCUGACGCCUGGGAUUCAGACAACCAGGCGUACCUGAGCUACAAAAACAUUGCUGCGCUGACGUACAUGGUGGAUAAAACAAGGUGGAAAAUAGCCUCGGACAAGACUCAGGAUAACAUCAAAGUCUUUACCCACGAGGAUGGUGCUACACUGUCAGUUAAGGUGGAGAUGGCCGUGAAGGUCCCAUUCCACGCCGCCGCCUUCCUACUGUCUGAUUUCAAGCUCCGCCCGCGCUGGGACAAGCAUUACUCGUCCUGUGAGGUCCUGGAGGAUGUGAAUAAGAGGGAAAAGAUUUACCAUGUAAUUUCUGGCCCCACAGCAGGCUGCCAGCCGAUGGACUUUGUGAUUCUGGUAUCACAAAGGCAGCCCUGCCAGCCACAGAUGCCCUACACUGUGGCAGUGAGGUCUGUGGCACACAAGGCAAUGCCCCCGCUCCCAGAGUACUCCAGGCACCAAGUCCUAUGUUCUGGAUUCCAGAUCCACAGCACCAGCAGCAACUCCUGCACUGUCUAUUACUUGCUUCGGUUACCAACAGGAACUGCAGAUAAGGCAGUCGAAGACACUGCGUUGGCCUGUAUCAGGUUCUUAGAAAGCGAGUACAUGGAGAGAUGGGUCUGAGGAGUUGUGAAGGGACUUUCAAGCAAUUG